AUUUGGACCAGGUUCCCAUUUCUUUCUGAAAUAUGGCCUCUCGCCCUGUGACUGGAGCCUGAAGUUAGACACAGGAGCUGGGCACGAGAAGCCUCCUUCUGGGGCUAGGCAGUAGUGUGUGGGCUCCCUUCUAUCUGGAGCCUGACAUUUGUGGUCCUGCCCAUUGUCAAACUAAACCUAGGAGUUGCCUUUCGGUGUGUGCCUUUCCCACCCACACUCUGACUCUGGUCCUUCUGACUUGGAUCUAGCCAGAAGCCUGAAAGCCCAGAGGAGCUUCCUUCCCUUACUAGCUCGCUGGCUGGGGUGGGUUUCCAGAGUGGGAAGGGACCCUCCCAGCUCCAUUUGCAGCCAGAACUGAAAGGGAGGCCUUGAGAAGCGAGUAGUGAAUGCUUUUGAUCACAACUUUAAUCCCAGCACUCAGGAGGCUGAAGCAGGUGGAUCUCUGAUACAGAGGGCAGCCUGCUCUACAGAGAGAGUUCCAGGACAGCCAGGGCUACAGAGAAACGUGGGGGUGGUGGUGGGGGGAGUGGGCUGGAGGUCUUGAGGACCACUGUGCCAGGUCUUAGAGGUAAAGUCUGAGGGUGGUGCUUACAGCUUGGGGGUCCCUGAGAGACCCUACAGACCUAGAUUUCCCACAGUUGAGGUUGGGGUCCCUGCUUACACUUCUAGGCAUCCAGAUCAUUCAAGAAUUUCUCCCCUGCACUACAGGGGCCUCCACAAAGCCAGAACGUAAGAUCGGGUCCAUCCAUUCAGGGGCACGGAGACACAUUAUUGGCCGAGCGUAGCACAGCUCCUUUCUUACAGUCCUCGCUCCAGGCAGCUGGUUAUCUGGCUGCGACCGACUAGUGUUGCGGGGCGGGGGGAGGGGGGGAGACUUAAGCUAGGCCUCCGGGAAGGAAAGGGUUAAACCCCCAAUCGCCGGGCUCGCCCCGCCCGGAGAGUACGACUUAGGUUCCACCCUAGAAUUCUCAUUGGUCUGAGCAUGCACAUCCUGGCGGUGGAGCGUGAUGCCGGCCUCGUUCCCGGCCUGGCGCCACCUUCCCGCCGGUAGUGGCCUCCCGCGGGAGCUGUCCCAACAGCGGCACUCGAGCUACCUGAGGGCAAUGGGGCUGUCCGAUGGGUCCGGUGAGUUACAGGGCGCCGCCCGAAUUCCACGUGUCCACGAAACGUUAGCAGUCCUGUGACCCCCCCGGCCUAGGUCAGUUCUGAAAGGGAACCGCCGAAUUCCCAGCAGGCAUCUCCCGCCUGCACAGCCUCCGUUUACCGCCUUGCCGAUUUCCCGCAGGUGGUUGUCCAUCAGCAGCGAGGGAUGGGGGCGGGAUCCGGCGCGACCCUAGCUCUUGAGGCGGAAAGUCCCUGGAGUGCUAACCAGGGGGUCGCGGGGAGGUUGCUGCCUGCCAAGGAGCCCAGGCCCAGGAGGUGCGCCGGCUGGGCGCCCUGGGACCGGGAGACGGACCGCUGCGAGACAGGCUCUCCCCUGGCCGUGGACCAGCGGCGGCCGGAGGCAGCGUGGUUGUGAGCGCUCUGGCGCUCAGGACCCGUGUACCCUCCCAAUGGGCGGGGCCGAGGAUCAAGGCUCCGCCCCCGUGCGCGUGCUGCCUUGUAAGGGGAGGGAGCCCUUUAAGAAGACUUGAGUGAUCUAGAAGGAGGGGAGAGGGGCCCUGAGGUCUGGCCCGCCCGCGGUGCAGAGAACCCCGGAGGAUCUUCCUUGUAUUGCUCUGCUCCCUCCUCCAACUUGGACACCCGGUUAGAGGCUCUUCCCAGGUGAGUCCUACCCCUCUGGUGGGACCCUGUCCCCUGGUUGUAGCUGCUUCCAGAUCAGAACUGACAGAUGAAAACUUUCCCCAAAGGCUAGUUCACCUUCCAGACUUAGCCCACUCCCCGAAAUAUAUUCGCAGAGGAGAGCUGCAUUCCAUAUGGAGUCUCCCCCAGCUCAGUUUCUUCUGAGAGAACUCCCCAGAUGAGGAGAACCUUUUCCCUCCUCCACCCCCUUCUCCCACUACCUCCGAGAGAUUCACCCCCAGGUCAGAACUUGCCUGGCUGGUAAUGGCUCUCUGGGCAGCGUUCCCUCUAGGUUGGAUUGGCUUCUGAAAAUUCCUGUUUCCAGGUGAAUUCUCCCUACUUCAAGUGGGAGCCUGUCUCUGGAGACCACGGGACGCAACAGACACAGGCACUCCUGUCUGCAGCCCGGGAGAUGGAGCUGCAAAGACGAGACUACCAUGUGGAAAGACCGUUGCUGACCCAGGGGCAGCUCGAAGAUCUGGGGCACUGGGGCCCAGUGCCCAAGACCUACCAGUGGCGAGCCUGGUUUCGAUGUUCCCGUGCCCGGGCCCAUGCUCUUCUGCUCCAUUAUGUCCCAGUCUUGGGCUGGUUGCCCCGGUAUCCUGUGCGUGACUGGCUCCUGGGUGAUCUGUUAUCUGGCCUCAGUGUGGCCAUCAUGCAGCUUCCACAGGGCCUGGCCUAUGCUCUCCUGGCGGGAUUACCUCCUAUGUUUGGCCUGUACAGUUCUUUCUACCCCGUCUUCGUCUAUUUCCUAUUUGGUACCUCUCGACACAUCUCUGUGGGGACCUUUGCUGUGAUGUCCGUGAUGGUGGGCGGCGUGACAGAAACCUUGACUGCGGACGAGGCCUUUGUGCAAGGCUUGAACGCCACGGUUGAUGAUGCCCGAGUGCAGGUGGCCUACACACUCAGUUUCCUGGUCGGCCUCUUCCAGGUGGGGCUGGGCCUGGUACACUUCGGCUUCGUGGUCACCUACCUGUCGGAGCCGUUGGUCCGCAGCUACACCACAGCCGCCUCUGUGCAAGUCCUUGUCUCACAGCUCAAGUAUGUGUUCGGCAUCAAACUGACCACGCACUCUGGGCCGCUGUCCGUUAUCUAUACAGUGCUGGAGGUCUGCUCAAAGCUGCCGCUGACCGUGCCCGGCACCGUGGUCACGGCACUUGUGGCCGGAGUGGUGCUUGUGAUGGUGAAGCUGCUGAAUGAAAAGUUAAAGCGGCAUCUGCCCCUGCCCAUACCCGGGGAACUGCUCACGCUCAUUGGGGCCACUGGUAUUUCAUUUGGUGCGAAUCUGAAUGAAAGAUUCCAGAUAGACGUGGUGGGCAACAUCACCACAGGGCUGAUACCCCCAGUGCCACCCAAGACAGAGUUGUUUGCAAAGCUUGUGGGAAACGCCUUUGCCAUCGCUGUGGUGGGCUUCGCCAUCGCCAUCUCACUCGGGAAGAUCUUUGCCCUGAGGCAUGGCUACCGUGUGGACAGUAACCAGGAGCUGGUGGCCCUUGGCCUCAGUAACCUCAUUGGCAGCUUCUUCCAGUGUUUCCCCGUGAGCUGUUCCAUGUCGCGGAGCCUGGUACAGGAGAGCACUGGGGGCAACACGCAGGUUGCCGGAGCCGUAUCUUCCCUGUUCAUCCUCCUCAUUAUCGUCAAACUUGGGGAGCUCUUCCGAGACCUGCCCAAGGCCGUCCUGGCAGCCGUCAUUAUUGUGAAUCUAAAGGGCAUGAUGAAGCAGUUCUCUGACAUCUGCUCUCUUUGGAAGGCAAAUCGAGUGGACCUGCUGAUCUGGCUGGUGACCUUUGUGGCCACCAUCCUGCUGAACCUGGACAUUGGCCUGGCGGUUUCCAUAGUAUUCUCCCUGCUACUCGUGGUGAUCCGGAUGCAGCUGCCCCAUUACUCUGUCCUGGGGCAGGUGCCAGACACGGAUAUUUAUAGAGACGUGGCAGAAUACUCAGGGGCCAAGGAGGUCCCUGGCGUGAAGAUCUUCCGCUCCUCGGCCACCAUUUACUUUGCCAAUGCUGAGCUCUACAGUGACUCACUGAAGCAGAAGUGUGGUGUGGACGUUGACCACCUCAUCUCCCAGAAAAAGAAACGGAUCAAGAAGCAGGAGAUGAAGAUGAAGCGGAUGAAGAAGAAAGCCAAGAAGACCCAGAAACAGGCUACCUCUUCCAAGAUCUCCUCAGUUUCAGUCAACGUCAACACCAGCUCCGAAGACAUCAAAAGCAAUGAUGUGGAGGAGGGACCAGCCAAGCCCCGCAAAGAUGUGCACCAAGAGGAGGAGCUGGAUAAUGUGGUCGCCAGCAAUCAAGACGUCAAGGCCCCAACCAUGACCUCACUGAAGUCCCUAGGCCUGCCCCAGCCGGACUUCCACAGCCUCGUCCUAGACCUGAGCACCCUUUCCUUUGUGGACACCGUGUGCAUUAAGACCCUGAAGAACAUUUUCCGUGACUUCCGGGAGAUCGAGGUGGAAGUAUACAUCGCAGCCUGUUACAGUCCUGUGGUCUCCCAGCUUGAGGCUGGACACUUCUUUGAUGACUCUAUCACAAAGCAGAAUCUUUUUGUCUCUGUCCAUGACGCUGUGACCUUUGCCCUCCACAACCGGAAGCCUGGCUCUAAGAGCCCUGUUUUGGCCACCAAACUGUGACUUUGCUGCUGGAGAUUACCUACCUCUGGAGGUUGUGACAGGUCACCCUCAUGAAACUCCUGCCUCUAGGCCACCUCCAGGUGCCACCCAGGACUCUGUUCCAUGUACAUGCACAUAUAACUCAUGGAUGGAUGCCUUGGGACUCCAUGUUCAAUGCUAGAGGCCUGGGGCAGGGUAUUGCAGUCAGGCUGGCCCUGGCUGGGUGCUGGAAGGGAGCUGAUGUGGGUUUACAGCUUUGGGAAUAAAUGUGUCUGUCCAACUUCA